AUGACCCAAUCGUGCGGUUGCAAAGGCGUUCGAUUUUGUGCUUCGUGCAAAGACAGUGAUCGUGUCAAGAGUUUACGAGAAAAGCCAGAAGAUCAGACUUCAAAACUCUCGGAUUAUCUUGUUUAUGUCUGCAAAGACGGAAAAUGCUAUUAUCGACCGGAAUUGAGGCUACAAUCAACCGUUGAGGAGAUCAAAGCAGCGACGAACGAUGCUAAAGGUUCAGAGGACUUUUCUAUUGAUGGGAUCAACUUGUUAUUAGAUUUUUUGGACGAGAAUGAAGAACAAGACGUUGUUCAAGCAAUUGACAAGAAGGAAUGGGUGUUGUCUCAAUCUGGGCGUCGAAAACAAGUAAGUUCGUAUAAUAUCUUAGCCAUUACUUUGAUGUUUAGGAUUAUGGCCCGAAAGUGAACUUUAAACACAAAAAAGUGAGGCCACAGUUUUACGAAGGCUUACCUGGAUAUGCAGACUUGAUACUAGAUAAGCUGAGGAGGAUAAACAAUGACAAGUUUGGCAGCUAUCAACCAUUUGAACUGUGCAACUUGGAAUAUAACCAGGAACGACAAAGUGGGAUAGAACUGCACAAAGAUGAUAUGUGGAUAUGGGGUAAUAGAUUAAUAAGGUAAAUAAAUGUUUUUUAUUUAUAUUUUUGUGGAUCUUAAGCUUUGGAUUUAAGUGUAACUUAAGAUAUUGAGUUUGGGAUAUUAGAAGUCAUGGUUAACAUAAUUUUUAGCAGUUAACGGUUUGUAUAUAGCUUUGGUUACAUGAGAUGGGAUAUUUUUGAUGUUCUUGAUUACUUUGAUUUGUUUUUUUUUGCUACUAACUUUUUAAUUAUCAACUUUUUUCUAUAAACCAUGGUUAAUAUAAGUUUUCAGCUUGAACCUCUUGGAUGGAUCGAUUAUGUGUUUUGCACACGACGAAAAGAAAGCCCUAGUGUUUCUACACAUGCCAAGAAGGUCAUUGUUGUGUUUCCGAGAUGAAAGCCGCUUCAUUUGGUCUCAUGGCAUCUUCCCCUGGCACAUCAGUAGCCGACGAAUCGCGUUGACGAUGCGUGAGCCAAGUGAAACAUUUCAAGAAGGUGGCGAAUUGUUUGAAAAGUACGGGAAAGAGUUGAUAGAACGAGGAAAUCGAAGGAUACAAGGAUAA